AUGAAGUUGGAGAAAGCCCGUGCAAAUCAGUUGGCGAAAGCUCGUGCAAUCUUCAAGCGUUUGAAAGCAGAGAAGUCGGAGGCGAUUGCUAAGAGGAAGUCGAGACUGAAGGAGAACAAAAUGAAAGUGGAGAAGGAGAACCUGCAGAAGCAGGGCAAUGACUUCCAGAAUAUGGAACGAGAAGUUAACCAACUGCAAACGAGACUGGCACAAAGUGAGGAAAUUUUCAGAAAGAUGAAUGAACAACACAACCACACAAUUCUGAAGAGAAGUGAGUUGGAUAUGUUGAUCCAUCAGAUGCAGGUUGAGGCUGAUAGACAGAAGGAGGAAUACGAGAGACCGGUAGGUGAAGCUGGUCACAUGUCAGAUGCUAGGCUUGCCCAGUUGGCUGCGUACCAUGAGAAAUACGAAGCUGAGAUCCUGACCCAGCAUCAGACCAGUUUGCUGGAGAAGGCUGAAGAACAUGCAGCAGACCAUCAGGAGGUAGUCAGUGGAUACAAGGCUCAGAAAAAGGCUGCUUGUGAAGACCAAGCGAGGGUCAGUGAGUCAGCCAGUCAGGCCACUGAGUUACAGAAGGCUCCGGAAUGGGGACAAGUGCAGAUGGACAAACUCAUCAUCACACUGAACACUCCCAGAGUUGAGCAAGAGCUGGAGCAAAGUAGCAUGAUGUUCAGUACCAAGAUGUUUAAUCAUAAGGCAGGAGCAAGGAACGGCAAACCUGAUGCUUUGUGCAGGAAAAACAUCGAGGAUGAUCGUAAAAAGUAUAAACUUGGUCAUGAUUUGGAGGACAUAGAUGAUGUGCUCCCCAUUGGAAACAGUUUUGGAUAA